UGGUGUGUCUUCAUUGUCCAUGCAGAAGCUUCCAGUGAGGAGUUGCAAUUGAGAUGGGCUAUUCUUUAAAUUGUGAUCAAAAUGCAGAUUUUUAUCUCACGAAGAAAAAAAUGGAUAAGUCAUUUCUCCAAUUAGCGUAUCAGAAGGGGAGGAUUGACAGACACAGAACUCAAACCAACGAUCACGUCAAGAUCUGACAGUCACUCGAUUCAUCAGCGUCUGAAUGUCGUCGGUCUUUGAAUGUGGAAGGAGAAAUGUUUGGGAAAAGAUUGGAAACAUCAGUGUGACUGGAAAAUCAGCAACACACAUACCCAAGGGAGAGUGUUCCAGUGCACUGACUGUGGAAAGAGCUUUAACCAAUUACACUUCCGAAAAGAAAAAUCACACCAUUCACAGCGAGGAGAAACCGUACACUUUUACUGUGUGCGGACGAGGCUUUGGCUGAUUGUCCAUCCUGGAAAGUCACAAGGACACCUGGACCAUGGAGAAACCGUGGAAAUGUACGGACUGUGGGAAGGGAUUCAAUUACCCAUCCCAGCUGGAAUCUCAUCGACGCACUCACACCGGGGAGAGACCGUUCACCUGCUCUCAGUGUGGGAAGGGAUUCAGUGAUUCAUCCAGCCUGCAGACACACCAGCGAGUUCACACAGGGGAGAGGCCAUUCACCUGCACGGAGUGUGGGAAGGGAUUCACUGAUUCGUCCAACCUGCAGAGGCACCGCCGAAUCCAUUCUGGGGCGAGGCCAUUCACCUGCUCUGAGUGUGGGAAAGGGUUCAGUGAUUCAUCCAGCCUGCUGACCCACCAGCGCGUUCACUCCGGGGAGAAGCCUUUUAUCUGCUCUGAGUGUGGGAAGGGAUUCGCUCAGUCAGCCAACCUGCUGGCACACCAGCGGGUUCACACUGGGGAGAGGCCCUUCACCUGCUCCGUGUGUGGAAAGGGAUUCACUCAAUCAUCCAACCUGCUGACCCACCAGCGUCUUCACACUGGGGAGAGCCCAUUCAUCUGCUCCAUGUGUGGGACUGGAUUCAGCGAUCCAUCCACCCUGCAGACUCACUGGCAGGUUCAUGCCGGGGAGAGGCCGUUCACCUGCACCGAGUGCGGGAAAGGAUUUGCUCAUUCUUCCCAUCUCUUGAAACACCAGCGCAUUCACACCGGGGAGAGGCCGUUCACCUGCUCCGAGUGCGGGAAGGGGUUCACUCAGUUGUCCAACCUGCUGACCCACCGGCGAGUCCACACCGGGGAGAGGCCGUUCACCUGCCCCGUGUGCGGGAAGGGGUUCACUCAGUUGUCGAGUCUGCUGACCCACCGGCGCAUUCACACCGGGGAGAGGCCGUUCACCUGCUCCGUGUGUGGGAACGGGUUCAGUGACUCGUCCACCCUGCGGAAACACCGGCUCGUCCACACCGGGGAGAGGCCCUUCACCUGCACCGUGUGUGGGAAGGGUUUCACUUGUUCAUCCAACCUGCUGAGACACCACGGAAAUCAUACUGACUAGAGACUUUAAAAAUAAACUCUUGAGGUCUGGCACUGCAUUCUCAGUGAGGAGGGACCGGUCAGCUGCUCCUGCUGCUUGAAGAGGUUUAGAAUGUCAUCCAAGCUGCUGAGAGACCAGUGAGUGGCCAAGUGACUACAGGGGCUGGAUUCUGCUGUUGUUGCUGCUGUUAAUCACAUCCAGGACUGAAUCAUGUUCAUUCUGACAGUUGGGGUCUGUUUCUGCUGAUGUUGAUAAGUCCAAUGAUUGAUGUGGAGAUUAAUAUUUUGGAUAUGUGAAAUAAAUAAGCUGCGUUUAAACAAUCAGUGUGUCAGGUCCCUGUAGUCUCGAAGGUCAGAUGAGAGCUUAUAUACGACUUAUUGCUAAUACGGUGCACCUUUAUGAGGCUGUAAUAAAAGCCUGUGGGAUCCUUGACUUUAUUAAUGGAGGCACAGAACUCAAAAGCAAGGACGUUAUGGUGAACCUUCGUAAAGCUCCAGUUCCUCCUCAGCUGGGCUGUUGCGUCUCCAAUUCUGGGGACCACGCUCUGGGAUGGAUGCGAAGGGAUUAGAGAGGGUGCGGAAAGGAUUGAAGAGACUGGUCCCGGGGAUGAGGAACUUCAGUUACGCGGAUCGAUUGCGGAAGCUGUGGCCUGCUCUCCUCGGAGAAGAGAAGGCGGAGAGGAGAUUUGAUAGAGGUGCUCGAGAGUCUUGACAGAGUCCGGUCGGACCAGAAGGUGAGAAACCAUUCCCGUUGGUGGAAGGACCCGGAACCUGAGGACGCUGAUUUGCGGUGAUCAGCACAAGCAGCAAAAGCGACGAGUAGCGAGGGUCCGGAGUGCACUGCCUGUGAAUGUGCUGGAGGUAGUUUCAAAAGGAUAUUGGAUAAUUAUCACAGGGCUACAGAGAAAAGGCAGAGGAGUGAAGUGAGCGGGGUUGCACUUUGAGAGAGCCGGCAAGGACAUAAUGGGCUGUAACCGUUCUAUGUUUCUCAUAAAAGACACUGUCACCUUUGUCCUUAAUUU